GAAAAAAACAUAAAAUGUUGAGGUAUUGGAUAUUAUUUUGAAAUGAAAACUUCAGCAGCUUGCAUUUCCGCGAGCUCUGUUCUCUCAAUAUUUACAUUCUGUUGCUCCGUUUGCUAAACCGCGGGAUCGUGACUGAGCCUUGCGUGGCAGCAGGGAGGAGUCAGCAGCUGUUGUGUUGGUGAUAUUUUGCACGUAGGUGUUGGUUUGUUGAUUGGGAUAGUUUGGAGAUGAGCUUAGACAACAGAAGCCGGAGCAGGAGCAGGAGCAGGAGCAGAAGCCCAAUGGAUCGUAAGAUCCGUACUCAGCGCUAUUCCUAUCGUGAUGCACCAUAUAGGCGGGAUUCAAGGCGGGGUUUCAGUCAGAACAGUCUGUGCAAAAACUGCAAAAGGCCUGGCCAUUUUGCUAGAGAAUGCCCAAACGUGGCAAUCUGUCACAAUUGUGGUCUUCCUGGGCAUAUUGCAUCAGAAUGCACCACGAAGUCUCUCUGCUGGAACUGUCGAGAACCUGGCCACAUGGCUGGAAAUUGUCCUAAUGAGGGCAUAUGCCACACCUGUGGCAAAGCGGGACACCGGGCGAGAGACUGCACAGCUCCUCAGUUGCCUCCUGGAGAUCUGAGGCUGUGCAACAACUGCUUCAAGCAAGGCCACAUGGCAGCAGACUGUACCAACGACAAGGCCUGCAAGAACUGUAGGAAAACCGGUCAUCUCGCCCGUGAUUGUCAAAAUGAGCCUGUCUGCAAUUUGUGCAAUAUAUCAGGUCAUGUGGCUAGAGACUGCCCAAAGGCUAAUAUGCUUGAAGAGAGGGGUGGUGGAGUUCGCGGAGGUGGAUUCCGGGACAUUGUAUGUCGGAACUGCCAGCAGGUAGGGCAUAUGAGUAGGGACUGCAUUGCAAUGACCAUAUGCCACAACUGUGGGGGCAGAGGGCACCUGGCAUUUGAAUGUCCAUCUGGGAGGUUCAUGGACCGCUUUCCCAGAAGGUACUAGAGUAUAUUAUCAGUGGCUGUUAUGUUGUGCCAAAAUUGUAUUCCUUUCCCUGUUUCUCUUGAGAUUGAUGUUGCGUCUUUUAGUACUUGCUGCUCUCUUUUAGUACUUGGGGAUGGUACUUUAGUAGUUUUGACAUUACUCUUCUUGAAGACUUGGUUUAAACUAGUAUAUUUUUCCUUUGAAUAUUUGCAUCUAUCAGGUAAUUAUUAAGCAUAUAAUUACCUUGACCUGGUAUGUAAUAUGUGAUGAGAGACAUGUUUGUUCCGGUUUUGACUGUUUACUAGAUGUUGAUCAUUGUAUUC